AUGGCCCAAAAGAAAAAAGGCCUAACAUGGUUUAUAAAUAGGCCACGAGUUAUCUUUGGAUUUUCACCGUAUAGCCAGAUGAAUUUUAUCGGAACCCUUUGUGUUUACGCAGCUAUUUGUAAACACGAAGGCGUUCCCUUAAGAUUUCCAGGAACCAAAGCUGCAUGGGAGUGUUACUCAGCGGCUUCAGAUGCCAAUUUGAUUGCGGAGCAGCACGUGUGGGGUGCAGUGGACGCACGUGCGAGAAACGAAGCGUUUAACGUUAGUAACGGUGACGUGUUUAGGUGGAAGCAUUUGUGGAAGGUGUUGGCAGAGAAGUUUGGGAUUGAGGAGCAUGGGUUUGUUGAGGGUUCGAGUUUGAGGUUGUCGGAAUUGAUGAAAGACAAAGGUGGUGUUUGGGAUGAGAUUGUGAAGAAGAAUAAGUUGCAAGCUACUAAGCUGGAAGAUGUUGGUGAUUGGUGGUUUGCGGAUAUUAUAUUAGGAAUGGAGGCUGUUUUGGAUAACAUGAACAAAGCCAAAGAGCAUGGCUUUUUGGGAUUUAGAGACUCCAAGAAAUCAUUUAUAAAUUGGAUAGAAAGGACCAAAGCUUACAAAAUUCAAGAAACUCAACCACAAGACCCUCCACUCGCGCUUCCUCCUUCACCACAACAGCAAGGGCCUCACAGGGAAGGAACCUCGGGACAACACCGAGGCCCUCACGGAGAAGGGAUCCCGAAAAAUCCUCAUCAGAGAAGGAUCCAAUCUAAAAUUCAUCAUCCUGAAGGUGAGGACCUCCUUCAUACAACAGAGAUCCUAGACCUAGCGCAAGGCCAAGGAGAUCGACUCGAGCAGCUCGAACACGAGGCUGAGCAACAAAAGGAAGAUGAACGAGAGUUGCGAAGAGAGAUGAGACGGCGAAGAGAGCUAGAAGAAAAGCUCCGUAAACUGGAAGCCGAUCUCCGAAAUAAGACCAAUGAGCCGGAUCGGGAAGAAAGUUCUUUGGGAGAAGAAGAUCCGUUCACAUAA